UUAUAACCAUGCUUGGUGUUCUUGUUGUUGUCCUGGCCACAUACCACGUUUAUUCAAUGCAGCAUAUAUAUUACAGACAGAUUAACAGAUAUUGUUAUCCUUAUUAUGAUUGUGAGCCAGACCAUGAAAUAUUGCCAUGUACAAUGAACUCUACGCGAGAUUUGUGUAGUCCUUGUGUUGAUACAAUGGUCCAGCCAGAUCUUAUAUCAUCCCCAGUGAACGGCGAUACGAGUGCGACUGCAUGUUUCAAACCAACAACUGAAUGUCUAGCACAAGAUAUGACAUACAAACGGAUUGUGGAUGAUGUUAAAGGUUUUUGUGACAGUCUACACGGCUGCAAGUGCAAAAUAGCAGCAUGCUUCUACGGAGAUCCCUGCUUAUGUAACGAAAAAAUAGAUGGCUGCCCACCUGGAACAACAUUAAACGAAGCCGGAGAAUGCAUUCCCUGUCCAAAUGGUACAUAUAAGAAUGACAACGGUUGUGGUCCUUGCCGACAUUUACAAAGUAAUCUCAUUGCCAAUCCUUCUACACAGAACACUCGUAUAGUUAACACUCACAUAUCUUUACCAUCACCUGCACCCGUUCAUAUUCAUCCAAAUAGACCCGAAGAAAAUGACAGUCUUUUGGUAAUUUUUAUAAUUGCUCUUGGCGUAUUGACUAUACUAUUGUCUAUGGUAACUAUAGCGAUUUGCUUCAAAAGAUCAGGAUUUAUUCUAACAGGAAUCUGUUGGACACAUGUAGGGAGAGAGCAACUUGACAACACAGAUCGUAUACAAAUUGAACCUUUGGUAAAAGUGACAAAUCAAGAUGACAAUGUAAUAAUAAGAAAUGCAGAAGGUAGAAUUUUAACAGAUAAUUCGGCAGGUGACGCUCGUCCUCAAUAUCUACUGUACCCAUUUCAAAGCAGGCAACAUACCGAUGUCAUGUCUAUUCCCUACGAUUCUGGCUUUCAUGCGCAAAAUAUAAUAAUUGCCGCAGGUGAUAACAAAUUGGACGAAUAUAACAAGUCAAGGGAUUCAAACUCAAAUCAUAACAACACAUAUCGUCAAACUUUAGAGCAGCAAUUGACUGACGUUGAUGAAUUACCAAAAUAUACGAAAACUAGUGCCACUAACGAAAGGAAAAUUGAAAAGAAAUUGAAAGACAAAAUGCGGAAACCACUAGCAAUUGAUAUACCAGUAAGGAAUCCUAAUGACAGUUUUAAUGUUUCGGACACGUGUAGUCCAGUCACUACAGAUUCUGAACCUCAUACUCUUUGGACAGGUAGUCAAGUGCAUCAAAGUGAUACCAGUGGCUAUGAAACUCAAUUUAAUGAUGAAACUUUGUCUUCGACUUUUGCAGCAUCCGGGGACUACAUGUCUAUGAAUGUGUCUACACUAAACAACAGUGACAAUAAUGAAACGAUACUCAGUAAUCUGGAAAUCUUUAAUUUUGGAAUCAAAGGUCUAAACAUAAACACAUUUAAUAGCAUGAGUGAUCAAUCAGAAACAGAAAUGAAACAUUGUGGUCCAAAUAGCAUUGACAGUGGAGUGUCUCUAACAUACAAACAUCCAGAUAUUUAAAACAAGAGACAUAUAAGAUAUACAGACGGCACACAUUUAGCCGUCUGUAAUGGUAAUUUGGUAUGAUUACUAUCAAUCUCUUGAAAAUUAAGAUUAAAUUUAAUAACAGUAUAUGGAAAUCAGUUGUGUCCGUCGUCUUGUCGACUUGUUGCUUUAUUUUUAUGAGGCAGACUGACUCCAUAUAGGAACUUCAAAGGAAGAAAGAUAAGAAGUUAUCAAUAUCCUUUAACUUUACUCUCUGCUAUAUAGAUGAUGUUCUAUCACUAAAUAGUACAAAAUUUUGUGACUAUGUUGAACGGGUCUAUCGCACCGAACUUGAGAAAAAGGAUACAACAGAAACAGUUAAGAAGGCCUCAUAUUUUGACUUACAUCUAGGAAACAAUCGAACGGAAAAAAAAUCAUUUCAGCUUCCUAGUUCUGAACUUUACAUUUCUAAUAAGCAAUAUUACAUAUACGGAGUGCACUGGACGUUAAGCAACCAACAAUCAAUCAAUGCAUACGGAGUGAAUAUCUCCUAAUUGAUACGAUAGUCUUGUGCUUGUAUUACCUAUCAUGGUUUUCUUGAUAGAGGAUUGUUGCUCACAAGGAAGCUAUUAAACCAGGAGUUCCAAAAGGUGAAGUUCAAAUCAUCUCUUCGUCAAUUUUACCGACGCCAUCACGAGUUGGUAGACUGUUAAUGAAUAAUCAUUUUACAGAUUAUAUCGGAUAUCUUCCUUGUGUCUUAAUUAUAAUCCUCUUUCCUUUUCAUGAAUGUGACCUAUCGAAUUAGACUAUUUACCAGGUUUGUAAUAACAUGAGCAACACGACGGGUGCAACAUGUGGAGCAAGAUCUUAUUACCCUUCCAGAGCACCUGAAAUCACCCCAAUGUUUGGUGGGGUUCGUGUUGCUUGGUCUUUCGUUUUCUAUGUUAUGCAUGUGUACUAUUAUUUGUCUGUUUUUCUUUCUAAUUUUUAAAAUGGCGUUAUCAGUUUAUCUUCAAUUUAUGAGUAUGACUGUUCUUCUGGUAUCUUUUAUAUGAUAUCGGUCGAACAUACCAAACGCGUGAUUUUAAUAUGUAAUGAAAUAAUCAUUUGCUAUACAAAGGAUGUGGUUACAAGUUAAGGUUAAUAUUUUAUAGGAUAGCAAAAUAAAAUUGUAUUCGAUAUGUAAACUGUGCAAUAUUUGUUAGAAUUAAGAUUUGUAUGUUUGUAUUGUUAUCAACUGAUGUGUUCAUAAACAAUGUGAUUAUAACUUAUUUAUUCAUUCACAAUGUGUUUAUAAUUUUUUGUCACUGGCUAUGACUGUUUUCUGCUAAUUUUUAUUAAAACUUAAAUGAUAACGUGAGGAUGACUUUCUGUGUCAAUAUUAAAUGAAAACUUUAAAUAUGUACAAAUCUUUAUUUUAUACAAACAUUAAGUUAAUGCUUUUAGUCAAACAUGCGCUAUUCUUUAUUUUUAAUUUGUAAACCGCAAUAGGAUUUUAUGCAUGCAUUUGAUAUUUGUGUUUUGAUAAAACGAUACUCUUGUUCUUCAAACUAGCAUAAAUAACAUAUUGUGAA